AUGCCUCGUUCAAACGGUGUAAGUUCUUCAGAUCAUCAAAGGGAUUCUGAUGAACAAGAUUCGGACAAUGAAAAUUGUACAACGAUGUCAAUGAAAUUAAGGUCAAACCGUAGUAGUAAAAAUACUGUUAAAAAUUCUGCCAAAAGUUCAAAAAAAAAUUCGGAAAAGAUUUCCUCUAAUAAAAGCAAUGAUAAAAAAAAUGAAAAGAAAAAUUCGAAAAAAUUAAAAACGGAUAAAAAUAAUGAUGUUUUAAAAGUAAAUCAAACGAUAAAUAAACACUCUAAAACAAUACUUGACAAUUGUAACAUAGUCAAUUACUACAGAAGUUCUGAAAUGGGAUUGUCAUGUUCAAAGUAUAAAAAAUCAUUAAAAAAUUCAAUUAUAAAUUAUGUUAAAACUUUUAAAUUGCGUGAUAUGCACUCACCCUUUGAUAGAAGAGUCACUUAUUUGGUAUGGCAUCAUACAAAUCCUAGACUUUUAGCCGUAGCAUCACAUGGUGGAGAUAUUAUUUUGUACAAUUGCGACCAAGAUUACGAAUCUGCUUCCUUUAUAAAAGGAAUCGGUGCUGGUGGAAGUAUUCAGGAUAUGAAAUUUGAUCCACGUAAUCCAGAGCAAAUAUACACAGCUUCCAUGGAGGGUAAAUUUUUACUUUUAAAUUAUUCCACAAAAAAACAAGAAGCUUUUUUGCAGACAAAUGAUCUGAACAGAUGGUUCAUCAGUCUUGAUAUAAAUUCAAAUAAUAAUGUUAUGGUUGCCGGAGACACGAGAGGAAAUCUUACAGUUUUGACCCUUGAGGGACAAACAAUUGGUACUUAUCAAUUGCACAAGAAAGGCACUAAAAUCAGUCAUGCUGAAUUUAGCAAAAGACAACCGUGGUUACUUUGUACUUCAUCUACAGAUGGUUCUAUAAAAUUUUGGGACAUUAGAAAUAUCAAUUCAAAUGAUAGUAAAUGUGAACCAUUGCAAGUAAUAAAACAACCCAGACCAAUCAAUGCUGCCUAUUUUAGUUUAACUGAUGGUUGUAGACUCAUGACGACAGACCAAUCAGAUGAAAUACGAAUAUAUAAAGGUCCUCUUUGGGAUAUAGAAAGAGUUAUUCAUCAUCCACACAGACAAUUUCAACAUUUAACUCCCAUUCGAGCUUAUUGGCACCCUUUAGAAGAUAUUGUGUUUGCAGGAAGAUAUCCUAGUCCAGACUUUCCAGGUUAUCAUGAAAAUGAAUUACGUACCAUUGAUUUCUUUGAUGCCGAAACCGGUGCACUUCUUCAUCAGCAUAGCGAACCAGGAGUAAAUGGAAUUAUGACUCUUAACAGGUUCAAUAAUAUUGGAGAUACUUUAGCAUCUGCAACCGGUUCAAAAUUUUUGAUUUGGCGUCCAGAUUUCAGACGAUCCGAAUUAAUAUCUAAAAAAGAUAAUUAUGAUAAAACGAGUGUAAACGGUUCUGAAGAUGAUAAUGAAACAAAGUGGAAAUCUGUGAUGAAAAGUCAAACUUUGGAGGAAAAAGAAAAAGAGAAUCUGACAAAGUUGAUAAUGUUAAAAAUUCAUCAAAAAAGAAUUGAAUUGAAUUUUUUAAUGAUUUUUUAA